AUGGAAGGGGAAUCAAAGCCCAAGACAGCAGUUGCACAACAGCCCCGGCAACAAUCACUCGCGGAAACCAAGAACUCACUACGUAAUCUUGUCAUAAUGCUGCGAGGCAUUGCAUACAAACACAAGCAACUGCUCCAACAAGAGAGUGCGCUUCAGCGAGACUGUGCACCUCAGUUGGUGGCAAACCUACAUCAAGCGAUCGAGCUAUUGGGAGGGCGUCCAGUGCCAAAAGACCUUGAAAGGAUACAGGGACUUCUGCGCGGCGCCGAGCGGCUGCGGGCCGUUAUGGGGCAGCGACGGGCUGAGAUGGAGCGGGAGUCUGGGCAGCUGGAUGUGUAUAUCUCCGCUCUAAAAAAGGCAGCGUUCUUCAUUACGGGCUACGACACAAGCAGCGGGACUGUCGCAGGGUCUGGAGGCGCAUUAUCUGGGUGA